GUUGUGUGGCAACCGUGAUCCGAAAAUGUAAUUACCGUAAUGUAAAGUAUCAGCUGAAAAUGUAUCCUUUUACACUUUUUUUUCUGUGUUUUACAUCCUAAAUCACUGAUCAAUAUACCAUUGCUUCUCGUUGCAGGUCGGAAUGGUGGCAAAGCUCAAAAAGAAAUGGCAAAUGCGGCUGCAAUAACAGCUAAAGCGGAUGUUGAUAGGGACGUUGGAGGAAAUAUAAGCGCUACCACAUCGGCUGUAGCAUCACCGACGGAUGCCAGUACAACGUCGACAAAUGCAUCCACACCGAUAUCGACAUCAAAUCCGAACGCUAGUGCCAGUCAAAAUGCUCUUAAUGAUCCCAAUCACUGGAGCAAGCAAGAAAAAUUUGAUGCGGAUACGUUUUUGGAAUGUGCUUACAAAAAGCAUUUGAGCAGACACGCGAAUAAAGUACUUCUGCGCGUACGUAUGCUGUAUUACAUUCAACAUGAGGUUAUUGGCGACCUAGUUCAACAAAUUAAAGAUAACACUCCCGUCAGCGAGCUCCCCAUUCGCCCGCCUGCAACGCCAGAUCAAGUGCCAGCAUCGUGGUGGAAUCCUGCGUGUUGUGAUAAGAGUCUUCUGGUCGGAACAUACAAGCAUGGAUGUGAAAUGUACCGUCAGAUACGUGCAGACCCGAACUUAUGUUUUGUGGGUCACGUUGGUGCCGGUGAUGACAUGACCGCGAGCAAUUUGGCGACAAAUGAAGACGAUGCAAUCUCUAAACAUGAGGAUGCAGAAGAAAUUGACGAUGAUGGCACCAUAACCAAAGACUCGGAUUCCACCAAAACAGGGGACAACAAAGAUUUACUUGAUCCCGAACGUCCUGGUUCAUCGGGUAAGAGUAGAAUACGGGCGAAAAGUGAAGCUGCUGACGUUGGUAGUGCCGCCGCUGCGAACUCUGUGGCUACUGUCGAUGGUACCGCCGGUAUAGCCAAUAAGGACCAGGCAAAUGAAACUCAAACAUUGAAUGAACCAGAUGAGAUUCAGACAAAUUUCAAAGGCUUGCAAAGUAGUAAAAACUCUGAAAACCCAGAUAAAUCUAAAAAAUCCGAAGCUAGCGAACAAAAAUCAAAUGUCACGAAAGAUGCAGAUGCCUCCGUUGAAAAGGCUGAAAAUGAAUUGACAACAGUGGCAACAGAUAUUGUUUCGUCUUCCACCCCAACUGAGGUGAAAAUGGCAACAGUUGCGAUGGACAUGGACGAAAUGGUAGCUAAUGUUAAAUCAGAGGCAGAUGUUGAUGCUACUACAACAACUGUUGCCAAUGCUGGCGGAGACUCUACUUCAGCUGACACAACGGUGUUAUCAGCAUCGGUGUCGUUCACAAAGAGCGAGGACGGUUUCACCAAAUCCACCUCUGCUAGGAGCGAAGCUGAUUGUGAAAUGAAGUCUGAAAAUGAGACUGAAACUGCACAGUCCAUGCCGGUCGGUGCUAUCGAUAGUGCAAUAGCCACCGACACAAAUACUACUGCCACCGAAUACGCUGCAACGAGUACUAGUCCUGUAGCUACCGAUUACAUUCCAACACUCAUUCCUACUUCUAAUACUAAUGAACAAACGCAAAAUGACACUCUUAAUUCGACCACCAUAGGCUUAGAUGAAGAGGAAAGUGUUGCAAGUAGCUAUCCACCGACGACUAUGGCUGCUGAUGAUGCCACAAUGUGGCCGUCUAUGCAAGAUUUGAAUACACGUUUGAGACGUGUCAUAACAGCGUAUCAACGUAAUUACAAGAAAGAAGAAUUAAAACAGCAACAGAAAGCAAAACUGCAAGCAAUGGUCUCAUCAACACCACCUUUAUCGGUGCCCACUACGCCGACCCUGCAGUCUAUGCAAAAUGCUGCUGCCUCUGCUGCUGGUGGGGGCGGCAGUGUAAACUCAGGAGGAAAUUCCCUAUUACAACAAUCGAAUACAAUUGAACCGGGCAAUCGUAGCCUGCAAUCACUUCAACAGAACACGAGUAUCCCUACUGCCAGCGGUGGGGUUGGUAGUGGAAGACAGACACCGCAACAGCUAUCAACAAGUCCUAGCACAUCAGCCGCUGCAGCGGCGGCAGCAGCAGUUGUAAGUACCGUUUCUAAUGUGGUAAACGUACCCAAUAUUUGCCCAGCCAUGAUAAAUGGUAGUAGUCAACAUCAGACUCAACAGCUUCAGCACCCACCUCAUACGCCUCAACAACAACAACAACAACAACAACAACAACAUGCAAAACAACAACAGCAGCAGCAACAACAUAUAGUUGCUCACCAGCAACAACAGCAGGCAGCAGCAGCAACGGUUGCACCACAGAUGCCCACUGCCGCUGAUAUUGGAUUAAUGUUGAGCUUUUUAAAUACGACCGAUGUCAGUCAUUUGGCUAAUCUGGAUCUGAAUAAGCUGGCCAUGUAUUUGGUUAGUAUGAACAAUAAAAUUGAACGGCAGGGAAAACUGGAACUGGCAGCCAAAGAACGGGAAAAUCAACGUCUCCAACAAAUACCAAAGAAAUGGAAUCGACGUGAAGAGUAUGAAUUUUUGCGGGUGCUCACCGGUUACGGUGUAGAUCUGCAGCCGUCCACUUCCUUAGGCCUUGUUUUGGCAUCAGACUGGACAAAAUUUAAGCAAAUGGCACAUUUGGAACGCAAAAGUGAUGAGACACUAAGCGACUACUACAAGGUAUUCAUAGCGAUGUGUAAACGGAAAGCUGGUGUCAAGCUCAACGAUAAUGAGCGUGGUCUCGAAGGAAUAUUCGAAGAAAUUAGUGAGGAUCACGCGAAACUAAUUUUAGAGCGACUGGAAUUGCUGUCAAAAUUGCGUGAGAUAGCGCGGCAUCCGCAGCUUGAGGAGCGCCUUAAGUUAUGUCAGAAGAAUCCAGAUACACCUGAUUGGUGGGAGCCGGGUAGACAUGACAAGGAGCUCAUCUCGGCAGUGCUGAAACACGGCCUCUAUCGAUCAGAAACGUUCAUUUUCAAUGAUCCUAAUUUCAGUUUUGCUGAAUCCGAAAAACGUUUCAUACGCGAAUUAGAAGCACAAAUUCAGCGAUCAAUCAAACUGGAAUCCUUCCAUGCUGAUCGCUUACCAUCUUCAAUACCUAAUGUAAGGGGUGAGGUAAUUGAUCUAGAUGAUGAGUUACUCACAAAAGAUAGUCUUAUCAAAAAGGAACAAUUUAUGCCUUUGAAAACUGAAGUUAAAUCCGAGGUGUCGGCAGAUGGCGCUGACAAACUCAGCGUUGGAAAAACUGAAGCAGAUAAUGAGACUUGUGUAGUUUCAGAAGAAACAAAAAAUAAGAAUAAUGACGAGAAGAGCGACACCAAUGCAGAUCUUAGUUCCAGUAAGGAAAUAACAGACCCAAACACAGAAUGCACUGGGAUCGAUUCAGUACACGAACUACAGGAUGAAGACAUAAAAACAUUUAAUGCAAGUACAGAUGACGAAAUUAAUUCCAUGCAAACAUUUGAAAAUAUGCCCAAAGACGAAAACGAAAAGAUUGAUAUUGAUGGUAGCUUCAUCAUUAAAAAAGAUUUGGACGCUAGUACAGCUGUUCUUGACAAUGAAAACUAUAAUGACAUGAGCACAUCUAAUGACGUUGGUGACGGAAUAACUUCAACUUCUGCUAAGGCUUCAGAGACUGCAGAAAAUGCAGAAGAGAUUCAACCCGAUAAAAUGGAAUUAAAUGAAAAGGAGAUUUUAGGCAAAGAUGAUAAGCCAUCUUGUUUGGUAAUUGAAAAUAAUAAAAAAGAAAGUGGCGACAAAGCCGAUCACAAAGAGGAUGUAAUUAACAAGGACAGUGUAAUUAUUUCUAAUAUUGAGGAUUCUAGAAGCAUAAGUUCAAAAAUAGAACAAACAAUCCCGCAAAACGAAGGCGCUGGUGCAUCGUCAUCUGAUGAAAAACCAAAGUCUACUGCCGAUGAAGAAAUACUCGAUUUAGCCAUAGAUGCUACUGGUGUCGCUGAUCCCGAUGAUGAGGAUAUCAUGAAAGAAAAGGAAAAUUCCGUUGAAGAAGAGUGCAAGAAGCAAGCGGCCGAAUUAAAGGCUCGUUUCCCUGAUUUGGAAGUUAUACAACCCGCUACUGUGAAACAAAAGCAGGAUAAACCCAAACUGGAAAUGUGCAUGAUACGAUGGUUUAAAGAUUUCGCUCUUGAACGCAGAAUUUCGCAUAUCGUCAUCUGUGUUGAGACUAACAAGUGGCCUGUAAAUAGGAACUAUACUGCAUUCGUCGGUUGCAAGGGUAUUGAUCUUAAUAUUUGUCUGCAUGAGGCUAUCCCACAUCUGAAAAACUUUGAGCGUCCGCCGUCCACAACCGAUGUAAUCACUAUAACUACAGAACAGGGUGUUUCGAAAAAUUUGCAGGCAUCACAGAUGCCACUGAUAGUUCCUUCGUCAACUCCAUCAAUCCCUAUCACAACACCGCCCGCCAUUGGUGCUAAUAUUGGCAUGUCCCUCUUAACGCCUCCAGCAAAUGUCGCCGGUGGUGACGGCACAGGCAAAGACAUUGUUAAUGUGGUCACUCCACCAUUGGAUUCUAACAGUAUAAAUCUUGCGGUAACUGCUGCAGUGGCUGCAACUGCUUCUGGUGGAAAUAAUGCAAAUGCACUAUCUGCGAGUACUUUAUCAGCGCUGCUCCCAGGCAUGACCAUGACACCAUCAUCCGCUGCUGCGGUGACGGCUUUAACAAAUUCUCCUGUUGUACCACCGAGAGCCAAUAUUUCCAGCAGUGUUUCAACUCUAACUCCAGCCGCACAAACUACCGGCAAAAAGCGAAAACGCCAUAUUGCUAUUGACGUUGAGACUGAGCGCGCCAAAUUACAUGCGCUGCUGAAUAGUUCACAAAAUAUGGGUCUAAAAGAUUGGGAGAACGAAAUCGCAAAUAUGGAACCUCCAGCUGCCUCGCCACAACCAACAGGACGUCGCAGUGCUUCAUCUGCUUCACCAGUUGCGCCGACGGCGUCUGCUACAAAUACGCCACUGCAGCCGCCACCUGCACAUCAACAUGCGUCGCUGCAACGUCAGUCAUCCAGUCAAUUCAGCAAACCGGCUGUACCACCACUUAAAACGCCACCAACGUCCAUAGGUGCACCAAUGGACUUGUCUUCAAGCCUCCCGCGGGUAAACAUGGCAGACAUGCUCAAAUCGGCGUCAGGUGCCAUUGAUUUAAGUGAAGUGCAAGAUUUCUCAAUGUCCUCAAAGAAGGCACCUACUUCGCAUUUGCAAGCUUCAUUAAAUUCCGCAUUCCCAUCUAUGCUCGGCAAGGGUAAACUAGACGAUACCCUUAACAAAUUAAUGAAAAAAAAUAACUGCACAAUUGAGGAACCUGUUAUUGGCAAGGAGAAGAAGCGUAAAAAGUUAGACGAAAUUGUAUUGGGUCUAUCAGCCGCUAAGGAACAAAAAACUUUCCCUGAUCCUUCACUGCCGUCGUCCAAGAAACCGCAAAUACCGCCUAGUGUAUCGGUAACACCUGCUAGUUUGCAAACUUCAGUAUCAAGUCAAAACCAACAAAUUCAAAAACCGUUCACUAUCACUGUUACGACAGUGCCUGGAAAAUCUAAAUCGGGUGGAAACACUUCAAUGCCCUCGCCGGCGCCAGUGGCUUCUCCAUUAAGCAGUGGUUUGCCUUUGAUGAGCGGUGGACUGUCAUUAAAAGAUAUUAAUGCGAUCGUUGCCCAGACCAUGGCUUCAGAUCCACAAACACUGCUCAAGCAACAGCAAAAGAUGAUGCAAUGUUUACCGCCGGCGCAACGCAAAGCGUACGAAGCUAUGUUAGCGGAAAUGGAACAAGCCAUGAAAUUGAGCGCUAAAUAUAAUGUACCAGACUUGAAAGUCAAUAAGUGGCUGACGGACAUGAGCACACCACUUUCAGAUCAACUCAAUAUGGAUUUUAGCCCAGUGGCAAGUACCAGUAGCAACACAAAUAAUAGACGCUCGAAUCGCCAGCAAAGUAGUAACUCAGGACAUCAAUCAUCUGUCUCUCAAUUGAACAAAGCUGCAGCCGGACAGUCAGCGCAGCAAUCACAUGCGCAUCAUCAACAGCAGCAACAACAGCCGGCAAUGGCUGGUCCACAGGGACUCACUGGCGAAGAGCCGGUGCCUGUGGUCAAUAAGCAAACCGGCAAACGUAUUUCUGGCAGUAAAGCCCCACAACUAAAACGUCUCAUGCAGUGGUUAACUGAAAAUCCUGCCUACGAAGUUGAUCCAAAAUGGCUGGAACAAAUCCAAAACCCAAUGUCUAUUCCCUCUCCAAAACUAAGUUCCAUGGACACUAGUAAUUAUGCAUUGUCAAGUAAAACCACGCACGGAGGACGCCCUUCAUCGACCACAAGCAGCUCGUCAUCUGGAGCCCAUACACAGCAACAACAAUCCUCAUCCGCACAAUCGUCCCCUGCCCCAUCACCCACGGUGUCUUCCAAGAAGUCUUCACGGCAAUCGGCCAUCGAUCAAGCAAACGCAGCCAUGCAGUUUGGAUCAUUGGCCGGACUUAACCCAAAUCUCUUGGCCAGUUUACCUAGUCUAGGUGCGUUUGACCCGAAAAACGCGCUUGGCGCCUUCGAUCCAAAGAAUCCGCUUCUAUCGAUGCCAUUUGCUGGAAUGCCUGGUAUGAGCAACAUACCUGGACUGAAUAAUUUGAAUAGUAUGAACCUGUUUGCUAGCUUAGCUAGUAUGGGUGGUCUCGGCAAUUUGGCCACUAUGGAUCCACAAACAUUGGCCGCAUUAAUGGCUGCUGGAUCAGCGUUGGCAGGUUUGGGUAACACGAAUCCUAGCCCAGGUAGCUCAAGUACUGGAAAAAAUUCUCAGUCCGGUGGUUCAUCGAGUAAGAAAAAUAAAAACGACGCACAACAAAAUGCUAUGAUGAAUUUGGGUGCUUUGGCAAGCAACACAGGAAGCAGUGGCAGCACUGGCAAUGGUACUGGAAAUUCAUCAAAUAAAAAUGCCAACGCUGCUGCUGCAUCGCAGUUGACAGGCUGUUUCCCAUACCUCUUCCCCAACCCAUCGUUACUUUAUCCACCAAUGGGUUUGGGAGGUUUGAAUCCAUAUUCAUUAGGCUCAGCAGGGCUUGGCUCAGCUUAUGAUCAGUUGGCGCAACAGUACAAUUUAUUGAAUGGUGGAACAGGGGUUACCUCAUCAGCAGGCAGUUCCUCCACAACACAGUCGAAGUCUCACCAGUCUCAAUCGAAAUCUAGUAAUUCGCGUGCAUCUACAUCAUCGUCACCAUCAGCUGCUUCAGUGGCAAAUCUUAUGAAUGCAAUGGCUAGCAUUGGAGCAGCUGGUCAGCCAACAACCAGUGUAAGUAGUUCACAGUCUUCGUCACGCAGUUCUGGCCGUCAGUCUGCAGCCAGUCGAGCUGCUGCACAAGUAGCUGAAAUGGCACAACUUUCAAGUCUUUUGUUACCGGGUACUGAUCCGCAUCUGCUUGAGUCCCUCAGUCGCAUGGACCUUGCACAAAGUACUCGAUUACUAAGCUCUUUAGGAAUACCACCUAUUACUGCGACAGCACCACAAUUAUCUUCUAGUGACAAACGAUCGUCCAAUAGCAAUUCAGCAGCCUCGAUUGCUGCAGCGCAAGCCGCUCAGGCGGAGAAGCAAGCCGCCAAAGAGCAGCAAAAAUGGAUGGAGAGCUUAGCGCGAAGUCAGUUACCAACAGAUUUAGCCACAUUACAGGCCUUCUCGCAAAGCAAAUUCCCGGCCUCGCUAAGUGGUGGAAGCCAAUCGACCUCAACGUCAUCGUCCGCGUCAACAUCGUCGGCUUCGACGAGCAAGAAUGCCUCGAAGGCGGCAGCUGCUGCGUUAGCUGCACAAUUGCCGCAAAUACUUGGGCUGCCAAGUGACUUUGCACCAGCGAUGAUAGCCGAUAUGGCACAAGCUUUGACCGCUCCUGGUUCGUUGGCAAGCUUGGCGGGUUUGACUAUGCCACCUACCAGCAGCGCGUCAUCUAUAGGUGGCAGCAGCUCUUCGAGUUCCUCGAAACGCCAACGUGGAGGCAGUGGCGGAGGCAAUAGUAGCAAUAUGCUUGACCCAGAUGCCUUGACCAAGGAUGCCUUUAAACAACAAAUGGAGUACUAUACAAAAACAUUAGGACUCGGAUCAGGCAUCUCUCUAAUACCCACCUCAAGUAUGAGCUCCAGCGGUGUAACUAACUCAAUUUCUAACGCCCAAAUCGAUGAGCAUCACAAAUCGAAACGAUCACGGUUGGAUUCACAUGCAGCAGCGUUAGCAAACGCUAAAGACGAAUUAUCCGCUGCCAUGCUGGCCAGCGGGUUGCCACUUAAUCUUGGCGGCGGCAUGGCCAGCAUGGAGAAGAGCUUGCGCGGCGUUAAUGUCGGCAUGGGUGGUAAUGGUGGUGCUACAAUGCCCGAAGCUGACAAAGUCACACUAACACCAUUAAACUCCGCCGGCAUUGCGGCCAACUUGCCAUCACAGACCACCAUUACCAUUGCGCCACCGAUAAGUUCCGGUGCUAGUUCCAGCAGUGAACGUUCCGAACGUAGUGAAUCCCGAAUUUCUCUGACCAUCACAAAUGCUGCUGAUGCAGCUAAAUUGCCGCCACCAUAUGAGGAAGCAGACGAAUUGAUAAUACAACCAAUAUUGAAAAAACCACAAAACAUCCCGACAUCGGCAGCACCAAGCGCGGCAUCAAGUAGCCAUGGCAGUGCAGAGGAUUUGGAAGCAGCCGUAGCGACCAAUAUGGGUGGAGGUGCUACCAGUGUCAACACAACUCCUACGCCAUCGACGUCUGCCGCGGCAGCUGCAGCAGCAGCAGUGGCCUCCGCUAAUGAGGAACAUCGACGCUCAUCCAGCCGUUUAAAACGACCACGAACGGGCGCCGACCAUUCCGGUAACGAGCAGCCACCUGAAAAACGACGUGAAUUGCGUUCAACGCGCCACACACGACAAUCGAGUGGUAGCCUCGAAACAACAUUGAAUUUGUCUACAAACAACGAGGCUGAGGAAAAAAAUGAAUGAGUGCUGCGACGUACUACGCGACUUAUGACGAGUAAAUAGAACCAAACGCGCCCGUAUCGGAAUAUGAAUAAGAACCAUGAACUUAUUGUAUGUAGAAUACAUCAAGAAUCAAAAUAAAAUUGGAAGAGGGAGAGGAGCGGGGGCAAGAGAGUUAAAUAUUUGUAUGGUUAUUGGUUGUGAAUAAGGGUACAGCAUAUAACAUACCAUGCUACUGUUCAGCGCCUCUUUGCAUACAUUUAAAAUCUGUUUAUAUAGUUGUUAAGUUGCUUCACAGAUUUUAUAAUGUAUGGGUCGCCGUUCAACAGCUGAAAACGGCAACUGCUGCUAUCGUCACUUUUUUGCUUGGCAGCCUACACACUUCCGUAUUAGACUUUGAUUUUGUCCAUGGGUGAAGCGCUUGUCAUUCAAGAUGCUGCGGCUGUGCUUACGUUUUGACAAGAUACACGCACUUGUAAUAUUUUCAGAAACUUACCCCUCUCCUUCAUUUGAUAUAUAUAUAUAGGUAUACAUAUAUAUGUAUAUAUUUUAUAAAUUUGACGGACUAAGCAGAAAGAAACCAGAAAUUCAUUUUGAAAGCGCUUAUAAUUAACAUUUAAAAGUUAUUACUAUAACAUACUAAAACAAGUAACAAAUAAAGAAAAAGAACAGAAAUAGUGAAGCAAGGUAUAAUGACAAUUUAAUUUAAUUGUAUUGCUUGAUAUUUUACGUAAUAUGGAAUGCCUAAGCUGAACUGCAGGCUCCAGCGAUAAAUUGGAUGUUACGACUUUUGGUCGAAGUAAUACAUGAUGAUAAUGUAUGUACGUGUUGUAAUCGCAAGCGUACUGCUCGAAAACGCUUGUAGAGAUACAAAAGCCGAAAAGCAUAUGGAAUAGAAUAGAGAACUUACAUAUAAAUAGAUAUAUUUUCUUAAAAGUGUGUAUUUUAUAAAUUAUUAUUAUACAUUUUCUUUUAAAAAUUAACCAACUCGUAUGAUUAUAUUAUGGUAGUUAUCACUGUUUGUAGUUGUAACAAGAAAAAAUAAUAAAAACAAUUCAAUUAAUACCAUUGUAAACUAGCUUCUUGAUAUUCAAAUCCUAUUCAAUCUAAUUUUAUUUGCGAUUACUGUAUCCUAAGUGUUACGGACGUAUGUAUGUAUUCAAAGAACAUGUUACGUUCGAAUUCAAUUAUCGCUUUCGAAGCGAAUGAAUUUGGCGAAGCAAACGGUUUGGCAAAGCGAAUGGGUUGGCGAACGCAAGUAAAAUAUGCAUUAAUAGUGUUCGCUUGUACCAGCUUGUGCAAGUUCUUUGCACUCUUAAAGCCUCAAAAAAAAAUCGGACUACGAAGGAUUCAGUGAUACCCCGAAUAUUUACCUGAAUUUUGCACUGAAGAUCAUCGCGGUUUAUUGUAAGCCAUUUAAAAAUUAUGUUCUGAUUUUAGGGCCUUCCGCAGCCCUCAAGAAAACCGAAAGAUUCAGGUAAAAUUACGCACGAGAUAUGGGAAAGUAAUUUUCUUCUAUCAAAAUUUCUUAAAUCAGUAUGCAGCUCUCAAGAAAAAAAUGCUCGUAUACCAGGCACCAAGGCGUAUCCAUACAUACACAGAUGCGCCUUGGCAAGGCACAUUAAACAGGUAGUAGGAUUACAGCAAAAAUAACAUUUACGUCUAUUUAGUUGUUGCUUCUGGUCUCUAAAGUGUUAAAAAACUAUUAUGCAAGGCAUAUCAAACAGGUAGCAUUAGCGCAAAACCAACAUGUGCGUGUAUUUUGUUGUUGCUUCUGGUAUCGAAAGUGUCAAAACCUGUUCUGAUUU